AUGGCCCUCGAUUAUCAAGACGCGUCCACCGUUGCGCGAGAAGAUGAUCAUGUUAGUGCUGAAGACGCCUCGAAUGCAUCCUCAGACGACAUUGACUCUGCCUUCGGCGAUGAAUCUCAGACCGUGCUGAGCCAAUCACUCCGAUCAUCAAUCUACAACCAUCGAUACGAAAAUGGCCGCACGUAUCAUGCAUUCCGAGACGGCGAGUAUCCAAUCCCAAAUGACGCCGAGGAACAAGACCGUCUUGACCUUUUACAUCAUCUUUUUAAAAUGGUCCUGGGAGGAGAGUUGUUCACUGCGCCUUUACCUGGGGAGCCGCGCCGUGUUCUGGACGUUGGGACCGGCACCGGCAUCUGGGCUAUUGAAAUGGCUGAUCGAUAUCCGAUGGCGCUUGUGGUUGGCACGGAUUUAUCGCCCAUUCAACCAGAUUGGGUCCCCCCAAACGUUCAAUUCUACAUCGACGACGCAGAGAGCGACUGGGUUUUCACAGAGUCGGAGAGAUUCGAUUUCAUCCAUGGACGCGCCUUGUGCGGAGGCAUUGCGGACUGGCCAAAGUUCUAUGCGCAGGCCUACGAUAACCUCGAGCCAGGGGGGUGGAUGGAGAUGCAAGAUCAUGAAUGCUGGAUCAAUAGCGACGAUGGCGGAAUGGACAGGGCUCCUGGAUGUUCCGAAUGGAUCCGCGAGGUUGACAGAGCCAGCGUCAUGUUUGGGAAGCGAUUGAACAUUGCGCACUUACACCGGCAGUGGAUGAUUGAUGCUGGGUUCGAGGCAGUUUCCGAGACGAUUCGUAAGAUACCCAUCGGUUCCUGGGCGACGGACCCAAAAUUGAAGGAGAUUGGCAGAUUGAUGAGAGUGCAGAUGAUACAGAGCAUACCUUCCUUCAUGCUUGCUUACUAUACCCGCAUUCUCGGUCACAGCAUGGAACGGACACAGGUCACGAUGGCGCUGGUGAAGAAGGAAUUUCGAGACAAAAGUCUUCAUCUUUAUCUACGAUGGCAUUUCGUAUACGGCCGGAAGCCGAUUAGAUAG